AAAUUUAGUUUGUUGUUUUGAUAUCAGUUAAAUAUUUAAUAAUGAUUGAACAUAGUACUGACAUUCAUCAUGUAAAUUUUGUCAAUUACUGCCCAUCAGAAAUUACAAAAUUAGGAAUUGAUGCCAAAACAAGCACUCUGGCUGUUGUCAGGGCUGACAACAGCGUUGAGAUAUGGAACUGCAAUCACCGCCCUGUUCUACUGAAGAUCUUAAAAGACAUCAAGACAGGUCGUGUGGAGUGCGUGGUGUGGUGCCAGGGUCGUCUGUUUGCCGGCAACCUAGACGGCAGCAUCAAGGAGCUCCCCGUCUCCUGCCCCCCCACCAGCCCCUGGAGGAGAAAGCCCAUCUCUGUCCCAGGAGGAGCCUGCUGGAGCCUUGCUGUCAACAAGGAGCAGACCAUUAUUGCUGCCAGCAGUGACGGAGGACACAUUUCUCUCUUUGCUGUGCUGGAGGAUGACUUGCAAUUUGAAUCCAUCAUUGAAAAACUUCCCAGUCGCGUGGUGAGCCUCGCCUGGCAUGAGGACGGUAACUACAUUGCUGCAGCGUGCGGCAAUGCUGUCUACAUCCGCUCCUUGCAGCCCAAGAAGUUGCGCAGGAUCAUUGUGCUGCCAGACACGCAGGUGGUGCCAGCGCAGGUGUGGUGCGUCACUGUCCUGCCAGACCUCACCAUCGUCGCCGGCGACUCUACGGGCGCGGUGAGCUUCUGGUGCGGGCGGACGUGCACGCAGAUCAGUAGCGUGCGCUCCCACGAGGGCCCCGUGCUCGCCUUGGCCGUCAACCCUGCCUCCACCAUCGUCUACGCUGCAGGUGUGGACCCCAAGAUCCAGAGCUACGCGUACAAGAGCAGCGCGCAGCAAUGGCACGCCUCCCACCUGCUCGAGAACCACACGCACGACGUCGCUUCUCUCGUCGUCGGCCCCAACGGCCGCAUCUACUCCGGCGGAGUGGACACGCAGCUGGGGGUGUCAUGGUACCCUCCCAAGACGGUGUUCCAGCUCAGCAGCCGCCCUCCCGACGACCACGUCAGCGUCGCCGGCGACUCCGUCCUGCUGGUGUCGCCGGGCGAGGGCGUCAAUUGGUGGCGCCUGGGCGCCGCCUCACCCACCAACACAACGGGCGUGCAGCCCCUCAAACAGGACCGCGUGUUGGUGGCGCGCAUCGAGACGCGUGGCGACGCUGUGAGCUGCGCUCUCAGCCCCACAGCGACCUGCGCCGCCUGCAUCACCAGCGCCCACCGUGUCGCCGUCUGGCGCCUCAUAGCGCCGCAGGGCGCACAGCAAGCGUCGCUGCAGCGGCUGCGCGUGGAGACAAAGGGCGCCGCCCCCGCGGUGCUGAAGGUGGCAUGGCUGGGGGACACGGCGCUGGCGACCGUUGCACUCGACGACUCUGUACAGAUUUGGGACGUGACAGAAGCGGCCGUGAACCUGCGCUGCUGCGUGCGUCUGCCACGCCACGCGACGUCGCAGCGCGAGGGUGACGAGGGCUGCGAAGGCAGCGUGCUGCACCUCAGCGCUGCGGACGACGGCAAUUGGCUGGCCCUGGCCACCGUCCACCGCUGUUUCGUCCUCCACGUCCAGUCGGGCUCCAUCACUGAGAUGCCGCCACACCGCGCGGCAAUUUCCUCGAUAUGUGUGGCGACAGAGGCGCCCGCGAAGCACCGCCGCGCGGCGAGCGGUCGUGUGGUGGUCGCGUACGCAGAUUUGUCGCUCGCGGAGUACAACCUCCACGACGGGACCAUCACUACCUUCGGGGAGAAGCUGUCCUCCGUCCUGACCAACAUACAGAGCGAUUUGCCUGUGACUAACAUAAGCUGGUGCCCAGCUCGAGAAAUGUUAUGCCUCGGCGAUUGCUCUAAAAUUAUUUUCAUUAAUCGGAAGGUGUUAUUGGAGUAUGAUUGGAGUUCCCUACAACUUUCAAAUAUGCCUGGAUAUCAGGAAUAUCAUGAGCUUAAAAGUAGAUUAGAGAAAAAUGUGAACCUCUCGGCCAGUGAUUACAGGAAGCAGGAGGUCAUGCUGGAGCGAAGAUUAGAAAAGCUAGAAAUUAUUCAGGAUGAAAUGAGAUUGCAGACGUGGCAGAACUUGACGUCAACGAUCACUCGUCCUGACGACGUGUUACUGGCUGCUAAGCUCGUGUCGUCCCACCAGCUGGUCGCGGUGCAGCUCAAGAAAGAUGAGUUUCUCGAGCACCUGCCCGGGCCGCUUAGAAAGUAUAAGCAAUCAUUCUUGUAACGGAUGGAACCAUUCUCUUCAGAGUGACGUAUUGAAGCACGUUUUGUCACUCGAAGGGUGCCUGUGCUGGUGCCGAAGAAUAAACUGUUCUAACCG